AUGACAACUAAUCGUCAAAAAAUUAAACACUUAAUAGUGGAUUCUGGACCUUUUAUUAAAUUAACAGAUGUUCGUUCACUAGCUGAAAAUGUAUACACUGUACCUGAAGUAGUUUCAGAACUUCGUGAUCAACAUGCCAGAGACUUCUUUAAACAAAUUUCUUUUGACAUCAAGUUAAAGAGACCUUCUGAUAGUGCAUUAAGAGAAGUGAUGAAUUUUUCAAAAAAAACUGGUGAUUUUGCAAAUUUAUCAGUAGUUGAUUUUAAAGUAUUGGCUUUGACUUAUAUGAUUGAGUCAGAGACUAACGGCGCUGAUAAUUUACACUCAGUGACAGAUGCAAGUAAAUCUAAUAAUAACGAUAGCGUCAUGAAUAAUCAACAAUUCAAUGACAAUGAUA